AUAUCAGUUAACGGGUACCUUGGUUUCGCUACCGUACUCGACCAAGGUCCCACAAUCAACGUGGGACCCGAGAGCACAGACUGGCCUCGUCAGCAGGACCCGGCAAUGAUUGCGCCCUAUCUGUGCAAGCAACAGAUACCUCAAAGCGGCAAUCCUGCUCUGCGCGCAGGCAUCUUCUACCGACUCAUUCUGCGCCAGUCUUUGUUUGGGCAAGAUUCCAACUCGAACAUGAAUCUCGGUGGUACGAUGCAACAAAGCAGCUUCUUCGGUCAGAAACCUGAGCUGGCCUGUCCGGGAACGCCGGAAUCGUACGCUCGGUGUGAUGUUCAGAGCGACUACUUUCUCGACGAGAUGAUGAGAUGGCUGCAAGAAGGCGUUGCUGGUGCUUCGAUGUUCCGCGCAGACGCGGCGCUCGUCGUCACUUGGCACAACACGGCCUCUGCUAUCGCGGGUAGAUCGGACAUCGAUGCCGGCCAAAGUGCCACCUAUCAGGUAGGCUAUUUGGCUAACCGAUCAGCCAGGACGGCUAUCGUACGUGAUUCCUCAACUAUGAUCGGCUGGGUUUUCGAUGCUCAAGACUUCCGAGCAAAUUCGAGGAGUGGACGCUGUCGAGCACUGUUCAACGGCGGAAACCACACCGGUGUUGUGGAGGUGGAUCCUACACAGGCCUACAAAGAACACACCCAAGGUGUUUCCACCCGCAAGAUCAACAACUUGUUGUAUAUGACCACUGAGUUCUGUGAUAGCCUUCUUUAUGAACGACAGCAGAAAUUUUUGGCACGCGACAUGGCGGGUGUGGGUCUUGGGCACGUGUUGGCUCAGCGAUCGGGUGUUCCCCAUGUUGUCCGCGGUCGCUACAUGUUCCGUGUGGACGACGUCGUUCGACCUGCUGGUUGCAGCAACAAAACGGGAGGAACAUGUGAGUUCUGUACCUCGAUGAGAUCUAUCCGAUCUACAUGCGUAAACUAUAUUGCUGCGGUCGAGAUACAUUCGUUGACCCGUGAUAUCGCGUUGUGCCUGGAUCGAAGUCAGACGUAUAUUCUUAUGAUAGAGGAGAGAGAGGUUGCCUCUUGCUAUGUGCUCAACGCCGCCAUCGCCCGUUGUAAUCUGCCGAAAAUCUACGACUGGGGCACGAAGACCGUCUACUUCCAACCGCAAUCGAAAGGUGCCAACGACGAGAAGGCGUUUGUCGGAUACAUCUAUUUCGUGCCGCCUACAUUGGACCCUCAGAGAUUGGAUAUAGGAAGCAUUUACGAGUGGUACAAGAACCCGAUGCCAAAUUAUGCCCAUCUUUAUGUUGAGCCGAUCACAUGGUAUCCGCGAAACUUCACCAAUCCCGAUUUGUUCAACAAUUUGAAUCAAGUCGGCAUGAGGAUCUCGGACGAUGCUCUUUACGGGGUCCAACUCGGUCUGUACGUGAUCGGAUACAGAGAGUACAAGGACGAUGAGAUCAAAAAAUUCCGUCCCGAACAUCGCACUUUGGCACGACUGGCGACGUACACGAAUCGUAACAGCUACGAGUAUCGGUGGAAGCCCCAGGAGGAGGUCAUUAAUCUCAAUCAGGUUCAACAAUGGUAUAUGGAUGAUUGGGAGCGCUGGAACACUCUGUACACGUACCGGGUCGGGUAUCUGAAACUGGCCCCCAUACGACCAAACGACCAGAACGGAACAGAAUUGCUGUCUGGAUUGGUGACCGCGCCGAUUCCGCUGCAUUGGCUCUGGGCUCCAGAAGAUAAUCGCUUCGGCCAGACCACCUACUCGCAGCAAGAGCGGGAUGAGCGGACCGAGUUCGUCUCAAAGAAAUCGAAGGAAAUGUGCCAUGACUGGUACGACGAGGAUGGAGCUCUGUUCAAUUUCAUCCGAGACACGGAGACGAACUCGAGCUGUCCAUGCAUUGAGACCCAAGCCCGGCUGGAUCUCGGACGCUUUAUGCCUCAUCCACGUUGCUCGCAGACUUUCCGUGAUAUCACGUGCACGACAGUGAUCGGUUCGAAGAAUUGCUACAUGUCCGCACAAAACAUCUACGUUCAUACGCUGGCAAAGGAAACACCUUCGACAAUAUGGACACCUCACACCUUAUCAGCCAGUUAUCAAGACACAAAAGGAGUACUUCUACAAUCCUGGGUAUCCGCUCAGAGCGUACCUGGUCUAUCAGUGUUCCAUAACGACUAUAUGCCAUACUUUUUGUGCUGCAAAUUCGCCGACUUCCGAUGCCAAAUGUUCUACUGGAGGCGGCCGUCGUCGGCCUGCCAGGAGUACCAGCCACCUGCAACCGGGCAAGUGUCCGGUGCUGGUGUCUUCAACACAAUCGACAACGACAAGUUCAUCUUCAACGAGCCUGGUGUGUACAACUUCCUGUAUGUCCCGAAAACUGUUCGAUCGCCAGAAGUUCGCGUGCAAGUCCGAAUGGAGCGAUAUCCCAAUAGAAAGGUUGAUUUCGGCCUUACUUGGACGGUACAUUUCACAGGCAGAGCUCGUUCCAACCAACUAAUGCCACCGUCAUCACCG